GUGGCGCUCAGGGGGCGGCAGCGCCAUGCCGGAAUGGCGAGGUGCGUGCUUCGCUGUGCUGCGCUUCUCUCACUCCAUGCGGUUUGGGCCGAGAUCCCCCCGGACCGCGCGACCCCCUCGAAGUGGAUCCCUUCCUAUGCGGGGCCGUUUGUCCUCUACAUGGACCGGAUGUACAGCUGCCCAACGCCCAGCGACAAGGAGAACAUGUUCGAGGUGCACAUCAGGCCGUCGCACUUCAGGACCCCGUCCCUCGUGCAAACGACUCUGCAGACCAUCAGCGGCAACUGCACAUGGAAGGCCGUCGUGGACGAUACGUGGGCGGGUAAUUUGAAGUCGGAUGUGUGGGCCAACAAUCAAUGGAAGGAGAAUUCGAUAAUUUACCCCAUCCGCAAGGCCUACUGUUCAACAGUGCGCAAUAAUUUUCCUGGGUUGUACGAAACGUUUUACCAAGUAAGUGCCUCGAGCAAGGCGCCUUGUACGUUCCCUAAAAAAACGAACAUCAUGGACAAUGCGCCUAUAAAUUGGACUCUACCCAACUUUCCGCUUCUUCCCUACGGCCGCUUUAGGACCACGAGCACAGCUUGGUCUUCCAAGAAAACAAGGGAAGCCUGCUUCGUAUUUGAGGUAGUCAUUGUUCCUAAACUAUGACCAGUAACAAUAAAGACAGUUGGAUAACACACUAAAAACGCCUGUGUGUUUUUAUUAUUAUCGAAACCACGUUACGGUCGGUCCACUGGUCGAAAGGUAAGGAGCUAACCCCUGCGAGCCCGCAUCAGAGGGUAAGAAAAAAUGGUUUAAUUUUGUGAUGUAACUUGGCAAAAUUAUUCCAGACCUUGACGGUUUUUAAUUGGAGGUGCUCCAGGU